AUGGCGCGCUCCCUCUACCGCCUUCUGCUGGUCCCCACCUGCCUGCUGCUGAAGCUCUCCAAGCUCCUAUACUGGCUGGCCGUGCAUAGUGCCUCCUACCUGGUGGGGGCUGCCUACUGCCUGUGGGUGCCGUGGCUGGUGCUGACCCAGGGGCCGUGUCGGGCCUUCCGCUGGAGGAUGCGAGAGAUGCCACCACCAUGCCUUACCGAUGCCUCCUAUGGGGAGCACCGCUACCUGCAGCUUAAGAGCUCGGGGCUGCGUUUGCACUAUGUCACAGCUGGCCAGGAGGGGGCGCAGCUCAUGCUAUGUCUGCACGGAUUCCCCCAGAACUGGUUUGCCUGGCGCUACCAGCUGCAGGAGUUCAAGAGGCAGUUCCGGGUGGUGGCGCUGGACCUGCGGGGCUAUGGGGGUUCGGACGCCCCGCGCGGGAAGCAGCACUACCGGAUGGAGGCCCUGCUGGAGGACGUGCAUGGUGUCAUCCAAGUACUGGGCUUUACCAAGUGCAUCCUGGUGGGGCAUGACUGGGGUGGCACCAUGGCGUGGAAGUUCGCCAUGAAUCACCCCAACAUGGUGGAGAAGCUCAUUAUCAUGAAUGCCACCGACCCGGCCGUGCUUAAAGAGUACGUAGGAGGCCACCCCUGCCAGCUGCUGCGCUCCAGCUACAUAUUCAUGUUCCAGCUGCAGAGGCUGCCUGAGCUGCUCUUGUCUUUGGGUGACUUCCAGCUGUUGAAGGACACUUUGGGAGGCAGGAAGGGAGGAAUCCAGAACCCUGAGCGGCGCCUGACGACACAGGAGCUGGAGGCCUACAUGUUCAGCUUCUCCAAGCCCAGAGCGCUGACGCCACCCCUCGAUUACUACAGGAACAUGCUCAGCAGGAGCUCCAUGCAGUGCAAGGACGUGCUGGUGCCCACGCUGGUGAUCUGGGGGGAGAAGGACGUGUACCUGGAGGCUGGGAUGAUCCCCCUCCUGGAGCAGUAUGUGCGCAAGCGCUGCCGCGUGCGGCGCAUCCCAGAGGCCAGCCACUUUGUCAGCGAGGACCAGCCCGACAAGGUCAAUCAGCUGAUCUGGAGCUUCCUGCGGGAGAGUGACUGA